GGUCUUACGGUUCAUUGGGACCUUAAUCGUACCACGAGUAUAAGUCGGCAAAUUUGCUGAACCUUCGUUCGAGAAGUUUUAAUAAAAAGCAGCAAAGAUGCAAGGUCCUGCAGUUUUUAUGGAUGGUACCACCGAGGAUCAGGCUCAAGAAUUGAGAAUCUAUUUUAAGAGCCUGGGUGCAGAGAUCAGCGAAGAAAAAUCUCCAAAGGGAAUUGAAGAUGAUUUACAUAAAAUCAUCGGUGUGUGCGAUGCUUGCUUCAAGGAAGGAAACGAAAGUGAAAUCGAGUCGAUAUUAAACGAUAUUGUAUCCAUCAUGAUUCUUGUGCCAACCGAACGUGCUGAAAAUAUAGUAUUAGCUUUUUGCGAAAAACUGACAAAAGCACCUGGUUAUAAAUUAGGAUUAGUUUGUCUUAAAGCAUUAUGGCUUCUUUUUCAAUCUCUACCCGAAGAUUCAUCGAUGAGAUAUCAUGUAUAUUAUCACUUAGUUCAAAUUGCUAGGAAUGUUGAUCAAGUCAAAGCAGUUUAUAACGGAGUCGAUCAAUUAAAACAACAAUUUGCCACUUGUCCCCCAGCAAACGAGCAGAUGCAGAAGCUGCUUCGUUUGUUACAUGAAGUUCUACUCGGUUGUAAGCAGGGUGAACAAGCAGCUGCAGUUAUGGUAGAAUUAUUAGGUACUUAUACUUCUGAAAAUGCUUCCGCAGCGAGAGAAGAUGCAUUGUGUUGCAUUUUGGCAGCUUUAGCUGAUCCAAAUACGUUUUUAUUAGAUCCACUGUUAGCUCUGAAGCCUGUACGAUUUUUAGAGGGAGAGCUCAUUCAUGAUUUAUUACUUAUAUUUGUACAAGAAAAACUUCCAGCGUAUCUCAAGUUUCAUAAGGAUCAUAAAGAAUUUGUUGAGAGUAAUCUUGGUUUGAAUCAUGAGCAAAACAUGAAGAAAAUGAGAUUAUUGACAUUUAUGCAAUUGGCUGAAACUAAUCCUGAAAUGUCAUUUCAAACGAUACAGUCUGAGCUUCAAAUUGAAGAAGACCAAGUUGAAAGUUUCAUUAUCGAUGUUUUGAAAACAAAACUAGUCCGAGCACGCAUGGAUCAGGCUGGGCGCAAAGUCCUUGUCUCGAGCACAAUGCACCGCACUUUCGGUCGGCCUCAAUGGUUGCAACUUCGCGAUCUCCUAGCCGCUUGGAAAUCGAAUCUCAGUACCGUCCAAGAGGGCAUGAAGAUCGUCGCCAACGCGCAGAUGGAACUCGCGGCCAAGAACAAGGCGCCCGUGGUUCACUGACAUUCAAGGAAAUUCCACUAAGCGGUUGCACGCGAGACAGCCUGAGCUAGAGGGGAUACGUCAUUUU